GUUUGGGAGACCCUUGUACUAAAAUCCCGUGUUUGGCUGUAUUAUGUGCGUCCUGGAGUCGUGCGUCACUCUCCAGCCGCGUGGCCGGUAUGGUUCUUCCUCUCUGGCGUCCCACAUCUCGUACGACACCAAUCUCCUCUUGAAGGCCGCGGUCCUGGAUAGCGGGAGCGGAAAGCACAAGCAGCUUCCAUCGGGAGUCAAUCCUGACGGCGUGCAGGCUUCCGCAGGCGUCACUUGUUUCGUUACGUUUGUUCCUCUCUUCUCGCGAGCUAUGGCAGGUCCCCCGCUGCGGAAGCCGGUUUUCAUCAAGGUCGCCGACCUCCGACCAGGGACCUCCGGUCACAACCUGGUCGUGAAGGUUGUCUCCACGAAGGUGGUUUUGCAACGAUCUCGACCUGAUGGCAAUCAGGUUCGUCAGGUUCGGAUAGCCGAGAGCAUAGUGGGCGACGAGACAGGCGUCAUAGUCUUCACGGCGCGAAAUGACCAAGUGGACAAAAUGAAGGAAGGUGAGACGAUCAAGCUGAGAAAUGCAAAGAUCGACAUGUUCAAGGGCUCGAUGAGAUUGGCCGUCGACAAGUGGGGAUUGGUGGAAGAGGCGGAGCCUGCGGCCUUUGUGGUGAAGGAGGAUAAUAAUCUGUCACUUGUGGAGUAUGAACUCGUCAACGUGAUCGACGAGUGACAUUUUUUUCCUGUAACGGCGAAUUAAGCAAUCGGUGAUCUGUCUCUCCUUGCUUGCUCUCGCCGUCUCUCUCGCCCUGUUUGAAUAUCGUCCUAGUGGCGUGCUUGUGCGACGCCUACCCGGAGGAGCUUCAGAGCGCGGGGAACGCAGAGUCGGUAAGUGGGAGCGGGCGUUGAUGUGAGUUUGUGGCUCACUACCGAACAACGAGUGCUGUGUGGUGGUACUGGUGGCUAACUACGAUAUCUGUACGUCAUGGGUACGAAAUGACCGAUCUCUCUGUCGAUCGGACGAAGUGGCAUUUUGUGGGAGACGUGCGUGAUUGUCGGAGUGGGGAGAGUGUGGCUUCUUGAUACGACUGGAGGAAGAUUCGUGAGAAUUGUCAGUUGGCUGUACUGUGUGUAAGAGAGCCGGUGGACACAGGGGAAAUGAUCAAGAGGAAUGUAGUGUCAAAGAAGAAACUUCGAUUGUCCACGAGGUUUCGCUGCCGCUCUCCAGUCCGAAGAGUAAGAAAAGAUUCAUUCACAGGCUUGGUUAAGAACGUCUACGAUGUCUGUAGCAGAGUAGUCGAAGGGAUGAUAGGACGCUCUCCUGGGACUGUGUAUGUCGCUCUUCCACCGCUUCUUUCAUCUGUUUGGUCGUAUCGCAUCGGUUCCAUCCAGCUCCACAUGCUAGUCGUCUUGAUGUCUCCUUAAGCUAUGGCAUCUCUUUCUCCGGUCCUUGGAAAGCAUCUCGAACCUCUCCCUCGGCUUUCAUUUCGCAUUUUAUCCUCGCCUCCUCACGAUUCGUAUCGUAAUCUUGAUCGUCUUCCUACUUCUGUUACCAAUCCUGCAUCAAUCUCUUGCAGUCCCUUCGUCAACGCCCUUAUCUGCGUUUCUCGCUCUUAUCCCUUCUCCCUCUUCGAUUCUGCGCCUUGAUAAAACAGUUCAUCCUUGGCGUGAUUUCUUUCGUUCUUAUCCCUUCUCUCUCUUCGAUUCUGCGCCCUGUCCAGUCAGUUGAUCCAACAUCCAUUCCUGCCGUUCGCUCAGAAUUCGCACAGCUCGCCGUCCAGUCUUUCUUUCUCUCCUCGAGUAAUCUUUUCUUUAAUGCUCUUUCCAAUCCCAGUCCCCACAUUGACACGGUGUCGUAUGUCUUUCGUCCAGUGUUAUUCAUUCUUUUUUCUUCCAAGUCCGCUUUUCCUUGUUACGCAUGUCGAACCUCCCUCGCUUUGCUGCCUUCGUCAGUCUUCAUCUUGUGCCCUAAAAUUUCUCAGCAAUCUAUUUUGUUUCGCUGCAGGCAAAACCCUGCACAAUAAGCCGCGUCCGUCCUCGGGCUUAUCCGGCUGGCUUGCUCGUCCACAAUUUUCCCACCUGUCCUCUGGGCGCCCGUUGUUGUUCCCCCAUUCUCCCUUGGAGUCUCUUCCUCAGAUCUGCGUUCUGCGUUUUGUCUCUCGAGCUCUUCAAGGGUUUUUGUCUAGGGUUCCUGGAUUGCUCGCUGCCUGUCCUCUUGCCUUCUAGUGGCACUGACAUCUCGCGUUGUCCUUCAUAGCUGUUUCAGGCGCGUUCUUUGGCCAGCCUGGUCUAUUGUCCUUCGUCUCUCUGGGACUCCACAUAGUUGCCGUUGCCUUGUAGUUCUCCUGUGGUUUUCCCCCCUCGCUGCCACGUACGUUGUAUCUUCCUUCGCUGUCAAUUCCUCUGCUCUUAUCUCUUUUGUUGCCGGUUUGUCGCUGACUCUGGCCAUCAUGGACCUGUCUCGAUAUCCAAGGGUUACACUCUUCUUUCCAGUUGUCACUGUAUUGAUAGCAGUGCCUCCCUUUUUCCUUUUUUCCAACGCGGAGAGAGAGAGAGAGAGAGAGAGAGAGAGAGAGAGAGAGCGCUGAAGGGCUCAGUUAAAUUGUCUUUCGCACGAUGCCUAGGGUUGGUCUUGCUUCGGGCCGUGGUUGGCCGGUGUGGGUGGCUGCAGAGGAAAAUGUGACCUACCAAUCCAGGAAGUUACCGAUGGCUAUUCGGAGCGCAGGCGAGGGCGGUCAGAUUUUGGUCUCCUUGCGAAGCGAGUGCAGAUCAUGCGUAUGUUUGUUGGCGUGGAUUAAACCUCGUCGAAUCAAUCCACUUGAUGGCUGUAAUUAAGCGUGAUGCAUGUCUUUUCAUGAGCUGUGUGUUUGCUGAUGCUUUUGAAGCGGUGUGACGAACUGGACGCGAAUGUUGUUGCUUGUAUAGCAAGGCGGGUGUCGAGCGGGAAAGUCUGCUGAGGAUCCAUUGUCUUCUGCAGAGUAGUUCCUGAAGCCUAUACCUGAAGUGUUUUCGAGGGUUAGUGGGCGAAGUUAAUCGGGGCAUGUGGGUAUGGAUGGCUGUAGAUGGAUGUGAAGAUGAAUUAAUCGGGUAGGGGAGUAUUAAGAGCGCUGUUUGGACUUGCGAUUGGUCCUGCUCUAACCCACAUAGUUUUUCCAUGCAGAGAUGGACCGAUUUGGUGUGCAAGGCGGGCAUUGUUCGUGCCGCCGGACGCGUGUCAACCGGUCGUUUCCCAUCGUCGGGCUGCUAGUAGGCGUUGCUUGUCAGGUGAUCUUUGAUUGCUUACAUGUGAUAGCAUCUCAAUUUUGGGUCUGGCCGAGAUGUAUAGAGAUGAAUGGAACAGGUCUAAAGGAUCCCUCGCUGCUGGAUGCGGACGUUGAAGAUGGUUUUGUUGUCGCGUGGUGCUCUUUUUUCGUGGUGAUAUUCGAUUGCUUACGUGUGACAGCAUCUCAAUUUUGGGUCUGGCCGAGAUGUAUAGAGAUGAAUGGAACAGGCACUCGCUGCUGGAUGCGGGCGUUGAAGAUGGUUUUGUUGUCGCGUGCUGCUCUUUUUUCGUGGUGAUAUUCGAUUGCUUACGUGUGACAGCAUCUCAAUUUUGGGUCUGGCCGUGAUGUAUAGAGAUGAAUGGAACGGGUCUUGAGGAUCGCAUCGCUGCUGGAUGCGGACUGUUGUCGUUUGCUUUUUGUCCGUCUUGUAACGUAGCAAUGAUGUCGUUAAGGUGAGACGCUUGACAAAGGAAUUUCAGGCACCUCCUGUGCGUUUACGCUUGAUGAAGUUGUAAGUUUCGCUGCGUGAUGUGCUGUUGCGGUUUUUUAUAAACAUCCCUCCUGAAAAUUCGCUUUCCUUUUAUUGGUAUGCUUCCCUGAAUGCAUUCCUAGAUCGGUUUGCGAUAUGUAUCUGGACCUCUCAGUGGACCUGGUACGUUCAGAAUUUUGGACCCCUCCGAAUGGACCCGGUCAAGAGGCAUCCAAAUUCAAUUAGAAUGUUGAGGAGCGGAACGAG